GCAAAAUCUAAGCAACAAAGCAAUGGCAAAGGGGGCAGGAGAAGAAAAGAAGAAAUUUUCAAUCUGGGAUUUGCCAAAUGUGCCAAUGGGUCAACUUCUUCCGCAUCUUGAACUCCAACGAAGUCGUGUUUCAUGCAAUAAGGACACCUCUAUCCAUACUGAGAGUAUUCAAUAUCCUGGCGCUUAUGCAUCGAUGGGAAUUGAUAAUAGUUCACGACUUGACCGAUUCUCUAACAACUUUAGAGUUGAAGUGGUUCGACUCAAUGAAGAUGACAUGGAGUUUGAUAUGAUCGGUAUUGAUGCAGCUAUUGCCAAUUCAUUCAGGAGGAUCCUUAUAGCAGAGCUUCCUACAAUGGUAAUUGAAAAAAUUCUCAUUGCAAACAACACAUCAAUAAUCCAAGAUGAAGUUCUUGCUCAUAGGUUGGGCCUCGUUCCAAUCCGUGUUGACCCAAGGCUUUUUGAUUAUCUUUCAGAAAAUGAUCAGCCAAAUGAAAAGAACACCAUUGUUUUCAAACUCCAUGUUCAGUGUAAAAGAGGUAGUCCACGUAUUACAGUUAAAUCGGAUGCAUUAAAGUGGUUGCCUAAUGGGAGUGAACUGGUUAAGGAAACAAGAAAUGCAACUUCAGAUUCAUCAUCAAAGCCUAAAACAUACACUUACUUCAGUUGCAGUCAAGAGACCAUUCCAGAAUUUGUCAAGAACCCGAUUAUCCCUAAGUAUCCAGAUAUUAUUAUUGCUAAACUUGGCCCUGGACAGGAAAUUGAACUGGAAGCACAUGCUGUUAAAGGCAUUAGGGAAACACAUGCAAAGUGGUCCCCAGUGGCCACUGCUUGGUAUCGGAUGCUUCCUAAGGUUGUAUUAUUGGAAGAUAUCGAAGAUGACCUUGCUGAAGAACUCAAAAGCAAAUGCCCUGUUAAUGUGUUUGAUAUAGAAGAUCUUGGAAAAGCACGUAGGAGAAGGGCAACUGUAGCAAGGCCACGUGCGUGCACACUUUGCAGAGAAUGCAUAAGAGGUGACGAUUGGGAGAAACGUGUGGCACUGCACCGUGUUAAAGAUCAUUUCAUAUUCACCAUUGAAUCUACUGGAGCAUUACCUCCUGAAGUUCUAUUUACUGAAGCAGUGAAGAUUUUAGAAGACGAGUGUGAAUGCGUGAUAACGGAGCUCUCAUGAUGCUUUUAAUAUGGUUAGUAAGGAUGAGAGAAGCAAUGGAUUCUCUAUUAAUCCAAGGAGAUUUUCUUGCCUCUUAGCAAAUCUUUUUCAUUUCUCAUCUUUUGGUUCAUGGAUGGGAUUUGGAGGGGCAGAUGGUAUGAUUCACAUAUAUAUAUAUAAUAGUGGAUUUUUGCGAGUUAAUGUGUAAUGAGAGGGAUAGAUUAUUGGUGAUGGGCUUUUUACAUUUUUGGUCUUGAAUUAAUAUAUAGUUGUAAUACAAGGAUCCAUGGUUUAACCUUAUGAAGUAGCAAAUUCAUCAGCUUUGCUUUUAGUGGUAUAAAAACAGUAAAAUUGCAUCAGUUCUCUGAUGAAUGAUUGAUUGGUUAUUAGUACAAUGGAUUUUUUAGGGCAGAAAGAAUAUAUUUAUAGUCUGUGUAACUUGCUGCAAAA